AUGUUUGCAAACACCAUUAGAGCUGCAAUUAGACAAAACACCAGAUUUGCUGUUAACCCAGCAAGACAACAAUUAAUUAACAAGUCUUUAAUUGCUUCAACUAUCAGAAACUACUCUGACCACCAUGAGGAGACCUUUGAUGAGUUCUCCACCAGAUACGAAAAGGAAUUUGAAGAAGCAUACGAUUUAUUUGAAGUCCAAAGAGUCUUGAAUAACUGUUUCUCCUAUGAUUUAGUUCCAUCUCCAUCUGUCAUUGAAAAGGCUUUGAGAGCAUGUAGAAGAGUCAAUGACUACGCUACUGCGGUCAGAGUCUUUGAAGGUUUGAAGUUUAAGGUCGAAAACAAGGAACAAUACGAGGCUUACUUGGAAGAAUUAAAGGAUGUUAGAGCUGAAUUAGGUAUUGAUUUAAAGGAAGAAUUAUUCCAAGAAUAA